GUUGAGUGUAUUUUGUGUAUGGAGAAAGAUGAUGGUGUACUUUCAUUCUUUUGCAUGUGGCUGUCCGGUUUUCCCAGGUCAGAUUAAUUGUAAUAUUAUAGCCUGAAAAGAUGAGAAAAAGAAUGUAAUUACAGAGUAAAGAUCAGACUUCCUUAUUGUAUUGACAUAAUUGUUGGCAUUGAGAGUAUUGUUAGCUUAACUUGGAUACUAACUAUAGUUAGUGUUUAAAGGACUACAUGUAAUGUUCCUGACAUUUUGGACUAGGAUCAAGAAAGUGUUUCCUUGAAUGAGAAACUCUUAAGAGUAAAUGAUAUUAGCUGUCUACAGAAGUAUCCCAUUUUAAGAUAUGGUUUAUAAAAUGUGGUGCUUUAUUAAGGGACUGUGGUAUCUGUCAAAUUAAGAAAUCGUGAUUCCUAAUCAAUAACAUAAAUUACUUAUUUUCUUUAUCUUGCAAUAUAAAGAAUAUAGUUUCAAAAUAAUAGUACCAAAAUUAAUACAAACAGUAAAUCUCUGAGUGUUUAGAAUUUCUUUAAGGUUCUUUUAGUUCUUAGACUAUAUCCCUCUAAAGACGUAUAAACUCAUGUGAGAAUAAUUCCAUUUCUGGGUGGUUGUGUUAACAGUUUGAUGUAUGGUUACAUUACAGUCAUUGUUUCUAAACACUUUCCUUACAUUAACUUAAUCCUCAUAACUGUCCUGUGAAGUAGGUUCUGUUGUUAUCCCUAUUUCACAGAUGAAUAUAGUUUUUGCCAUCUUGAUUUUAGGCAAAUUUGUGUUAACAAGAAAAUAGUAGUUUUUGUUUGUUUCUUUAUUCGUUGACGUAGGGGAAAGUAGUAGAUAAAACUGAGGGAAAGGAAAGUUUUGAUUAGGAAAUGAGAUGGUAUUUAUAUUUGGAGACUCUGAGGGUUGUGUAAGUAUAUCAUGGAGCUGAAAAGGGGGAUAAGGCACCAUAGACUCAAUAAAUUUUGGUCAAACGUAUUUAAAAAAAAGACAAAGUACCAAAGUACCAGACUUAUAAUUUCUGUUUAUAACUGUUGUGCCCUAUAGAACUUUCCCCUUUUGGAUGAUAUGAGAGGGAGAAUCUAGUUAGGAAGAAACAGAUAAAGUGUGAUUUUGUACUUUACCUCGACUAUCUGAUGAGCUGUUUAAGGAGCAAAACAGAAAAGGACAGUUGCUGUAAACAACAUUACUUAAUAAGUAAAUUUAUAAUUCACUUUUGACCUUAUUUUCGUUAUUUGAGAUAUGUAUGUACAACACACACACACACAUACACCCAUUUCAUAUAUGAACCAUCAAUAAUGUCACUUAAAUAUGUGUGAAUAUUUCUAUAAUGUUAAAUUUUAUUACACUGUUACAGGAUUCCAAGUCCAGGAUUUACCAUGAACAGCCUUCCACAACCGUGAAUCUUUACAUUAGAAUUUUAGAUGUUAGUCGAAAAUUAGAAAAUAACGUACCUGGAAUCAUCAAAACCAGUUGAAAUUUAAGUUGCUUCUAGCCAAAAUGCAAUGUCCAAACCAGUGAAUAGUGGUGGAAGUGGAAGCUAGCUACCACAUUUUUUUCUGAGCAGUUUUUUCAUAGGUUCAGAUAGAUUCUAUGGAGUAGAGUUUCGUUAGUGAAAUGCUUGAUUUGGUCUUGAUUACUAAGCAGUCCUUUUUUGUGGAUGAGCGUUAGAAUUGUUAGAGCUUACACAGGUUACUUUUGAAUAGAGCAUCUUAAUUUCUGGAAUUUCUUUUCUAAGCUAUUCUGAUAUAGUCCUUCUUAGGUGAGCUUAUGGCUAUAGCAACAACAAACGUAGCUUUCAAUGCUGGUGUCUGUGUGUCCUUUUUGGUUACUUUAACAUAUUUUCAAGGAAUUUUAAUUCUCUUAAAUUAUUUAAAAAAUGCUCUUGAUUCUAUUUUAAAUUCAUAAGACCUGAGUCUAAAUGGAGACUUCAUUUGCUAUAGAGGAAAAUUGGAAAUUAUUAUUUAGUUCUUAACUCUUUUAUACUAGCGUAUACCAUAAGGAUGAAAUACCGGAUUAUUGCCCCUUCAUGUAUUUUAUCAGUCAAACAUGUAGGACCGUUGUGCCAUGUACUUGCUCACUCUUCAGGGAAUAGAAGUUGACUAGGAAUCUAGAAAAGUUAACUAGAUGACCCUUUUGACUAAAGCAUUAAUUACUAUUAUUUUUUUAAACUCAGAUUUAUAGACAAAUGGAUAUAAUUUACCCAAGACAAUUUGUAUAUUGAAAUGUAGGAAUCUAACAAAAAUCUUGACGUGUGCUGACAACCUUUACUACAUACAAAUAUUACCUCAUAACAACAUUGAAAUGUGAGAUUUUCAUUAGAAUUACAGUUUCAAUUUGUUUUUGUUGAAUAAUGAUUUUAUACAGCAUCUUACCCCAUUUACUCGUAAAACAAAGGCAAAGUUAUACGUUAUUUUAAUUUGUUUCCAUAGAAUAAAGAACCAUGAAACCAUACUUUUCUUGAAGGUGGGGUAUGAUUAUUUAGCAACAUACUGAUAAAAAGGGAGGAGUAUUACUGAAACAUGUUUGUAUCUUCAGCAGUGGCCGGUGGUUGAAGUUCAUCACUGCUGUAGCACAUCAAAAUGAACACAUACCUGAUUAAUAGGUGUUGAGUUAAAGAGAAGAAAAAGCUGGAUCACUUACCAGUAACUGGAGUUCUCCUAUUGGGUAAUCUCCACAGAUCCACAUUCUUUGAAGUUAUUGUGAAUGCCUCGAGGACCAAGGAACCGUUGAAAUUUCCAAUUUCAGGAAGUUCCAGUGGAUGCCCAUCAGGAAGAUUCUCAUGCUGGACAGAAGGGCAAGAGAGGUGGAUCUGUGAGGGAAAAGACCCAAUAGGAUAACUCAAGUUACUGAUGGAGAAAGCAACAGUACAAAAUGUAAUAAAGGAAGUUGUCAGACCCUCAUUUGUCAUGGAAGGAGGACAUUCAGAAAACCCUGAUACCUCAGGAGACCAAAUGAUGACUACACCUCAAUUGCGUUUUACAUCUUGGAGUGACUCUCAAUUUAGGAAGCCUCGACCUGUCUCCCAGUUGGUGGCACAGCAGGUUACUCAGCAGUUUGUGCCCCCUACACAGUCAAAGAAAGAGAAAAAAGAGAAAGUAGAAAAAGAAAAAAGUGAAAAGGAAACAACUAGCAAAAAGAACAGUCAUAAGAAAACCAGGCCAAGAUUGAAAAAUGUGGAUCGGAGUAGUGCUCAGCAUUUGGAAGUUACUGUUGGAGAUCUGACAGUCAUUAUUACAGACUUUAAGGAGAAAACAAAGUCACCGCCUGCAUCUAGUGCUGCCUCUGCAGAUCAACACAGUCAGAGUGGCUCUAGCUCUGAUAACACAGAGAGGGGAAUGUCCAGGUCAUCUUCACCCAGAGGAGAAGCCUCAUCAUUGAAUGGAGAAUCCCAUUAAAGUUUAUUUUCUCCAAUUUCUUAGUCACUUCUCUCAUACCAUGCAAAUACACAGAUUAUGCCAAGAAGUACCACAUUUUCAUGACAAACAUAUUCAUGCACAAUCCAUAAUUUGCGUUUUACAUGAAAUAGAAAUUUAUUAGAAUUUGUUAGAUUUUAUUGCAAUCUACCAAACAUUUCCAGACUCAACAUUUUGGUCUUCACAGUUAAAGGUGCCAUGAAAAUGUGGUUGAAUUAUUCAUUAUGCAGUGUUAUUGGUAAGUCUAUUUUCACUUUUAGUUUAGUGAAUUCUAACACAUAAUUCUUGAAUUCUCUACUAUUGGCAUGUAACGAAUUAAAAUUUUUAUAACAUAGUGCAAGCUGCCUAAAUAUGUAUUAUUUGAGAAUUGUGAAACAAAUAGUUAUAUGUAUACAAGUCAAAGAUCAACUUAAUCAACUAUUGCUGCAACAGGAUUUUCUUAAUGGUUAUCCUCUUAAAUACACCUGCUGGUACUUGGUGUGGCUAAAUAGGAAAAUUGUUAUUAAAUAAAGAAUUUGUAUGAACCAUUGCCAAUGUUUUUGACACAUUUUACUAAAUUAUUGUUUCUGAAUUAUGUUUCUGGUUUUAUCUGUUUUUUUGCUUAUCUUUCAAAACAUUCAUUUAUUGUCAUGUUUACUAGCAGACUAGUAAACAAUAAAACUGAUUAUUUAGCUUUAUAAUUCAGGUUUAGUGCUAUUGUCAUUGAACACUGGUAUUUUCUGUAUUAUAUAAAAUGUUAAAAUUCAAAUAAUUAUAAGCAUUCGGCAAAAAACGGAAGAGAAAAGAAAUCUGCCAUAUUUUAAAAGCUGCAAUUUUGGAAAAGCUUUAACUUAAUAGUUUUAUCACUGUUUCCUUGCCCCAAACUUACCCAGGGUCAUAGAAGUAUGAAUCUAAUUAAUACAGAAAUGGGAACUGUUGCACAGAACUGGAAAAUAACUAAUCUUAAAUCAGUUUAAUUGGCCUCCUAUUAAAUAUAACAAUUCCUAUAAAAUCAUAGUGCCCUAUUUUCAGACACAACUGCAGUUUAUGCAUUUAUCAGUAUCCUGAAAUAAAAAAGUAUUUACAGCCCCACUUACUAUUAUGUAAAAUUACCAAUAAAAUAUUUUUAUGACUACCGAUUUUGCAUUUUUGUUUACAACUAACGAAGUAUUUUAUGUUGUAUUUAAAAAUCCAGCCUAGAAACCACACAGUACUUCUUAAAUUCUCCAAGGGUCUCCUGCUUUCUCUUAGCCAUUUGCUUAAUGUAUAUCCACCAAAGGAGACUUCUGAAAUAUAAAUGAACCUAAAGACAUAACUUGAAUACAAAAUAUCACAUAAAGACAUCAUGGUAUCAUUUGAAGAAAAAAACUUGUAGACCCUGACUGAUGGUUGUGAUAUUUGGUGGUUUCGCGUGGUAAUGUGAUUUUCUGUUUAAUUGCAGUACUUUUUACAGGCACAAUGGUACUGUCUUUUUUUGUAAUAUGCUAGUUGUGAAAUACAGUUAAUUGCAUACAGUAAAAAUCUGUGAUUAAAACAUUUAUAUACCUCAUUCUUUAGUGUUGUUAAAUGAAAAAUUAAAAUUUGUUUUUAUUAUAAGAUA